GGGGGUGCCUGCACCCGCAUCUGCGUUCCCAGGCGCCAGGCCCAGACACACAGGGCCCAGGCGCGGGUCUGCGGGGUGCUGCAGCCCAGGGGGGCCCGCCCAGCCUCGCUCCUUCCCCUCGCUGCAGCUCCGUGUGUGCGCACACACGUACACACACAUAUAUAACAUAUGUAUAUAUAGAUCAGACACUUUCCAACAGCAGUGGCAGCCUCUUUCCACCCGUAAUUCAGAAAACAGAAGUGCGAUUCCGUGAACGCGGCUAUUUUCUGCUCAGCCGCGUUGCGGUCGCGGCUGCCAAGAAGCGGUUGGGGCGGCCGCGCUCUGAGCUGAGUAGCUCGCCUCUUUCCGAAGUUUGAUUUUCCGGAACGAGGCCUAAAAAGGCGGGGGGGGGGCGGGGCGCCGCGCCGGAUCCGCGCCUUAUUCGGGCAGGGCCCACGACCGGAACACGCCGGCACCUCCCACGGGCUUUUCCGAGUUCCGUUCACUGCGCUUGUUACCCCCUGGAUAAAAGCGAUGCGGCCGCCGCCGCCCAGCCCAGCCCAGCCCAGGUCGGCCCCGCACCGCCUGCAGAGGGGCCCCGCGCGCCUCCCAGUGAUUCCGCCCGGCCCCGUUCCUCAGUCCUUAUAUGGGCAGUGACGUCCCGGGCAUUCAGGGCCGCCCCAUAAAUACUUCCCGCCACGCUUCCCGUGGGCUGCAAUUGAUUACGAGCGCAACGCGGGCCCCCGGCUGUGCCCACAACACCACAGUGCGUCCCAGGGCCGCACAGGGCAGUGCCCGCGGCGGCGGCACCGGCCGCUCCGAAACAUAAGCCGAUUUGGGUUUUUUUUUUUUUUUUUUCCAGUGGAGGGAAAAGGCAGCCCUCACCCCGGCAGCGUUGGUACCACAGGCAGGGAGAGCUGCUCUGCGCGCGCCUCCUGAGCAAAUGAUGACGGCCAAGACUGUAGACAAAAUCCCUGUAACUCUCAGUGGGUUUGUGCAUCAGCUCUCCGAAAACAUUUACCCUGUGGAUGACCUGGCCGCCACCCUGCCAGCCUCGGUCACGAUCUUCCCCAAUGCGGACUUGGGAGGACCGUUCGAGCAGAUGAGCGGGGCGCCGGGAGAUGGCAUGAUCAACGUGGACAUGAGCGAGAAGCGGGCUCUGGACCUGCCCUACGCCGGCAGCUUCGCCCCGACGGUCUCUGCCUCCCGCAAUCAAACUUUCACUUACAUGGGCAAGUUCUCCAUCGACCCACAGUACCCCGGCGCCGGCUGCUACCCCGAGGGCAUCAUCAACAUCGUGAGCGCCGGCAUCCUGCAGGGGGUCAGCGCGCCCUCGUCCUCCUCGUCCUCCGCCGCCUCCUCGGCCUCGCCCAACCCGCUGCCGCCCGGCGGCGCCCUCGGCUGCCCCAUGGCGCAGGGGCAGCCUGCUGACCUGGAGCACCUCUACUCGCCGCCUCCGCCGCCCUAUUCGGCCUGCGGGGAGCUGUACCAGCAGGACCCGUCCGCCUUCCUACCCGCCUCGUCCGCGGCUGCGCUGCCCUUCCCGCCGCCGCCGUCCUACCCGUCCCCGAAGGCGGCGGCGGCGGACGCGGGUCUCUUCACGGUGCUGCCGGACUACGCGGGCUUCUUCCCGCCCGCGCAGUGCCAGCGCGAACUGCACGCGGCGCCCGAACGCAAGCCCUUCCCCUGCCCGCUCGACUCCCUCCGGGUCCCGCCGCCGCUCACGCCACUCUCCACCAUC